AUGCCUACCCAGCCCGAGGUCUGGCCUCAGCGGGACUCAUGGCCGCCGACCCUGGUUCGCCUCGGCUCCUCCUCCAGCAGCUCCAAGAGCAAGAAGAGGACGGCGUCCGGCUCGCGGCCCCGCGACGACGACGAGCCCCGUCCGCUGCUCGCGGACAUCGACGACAACCCGCUCACGUACUUUCUCACGCCGCCUCCCUCGGGCGCCGCCGACAUGGACGUGGACAUGCCCGACGACGACGGGGACCUCGACUUUGACGCCGGCAUCGAGGACGCCGCGCACCCGCGCGAGCCCGUCCGCAGCGUCAGCCCGUCGAGCCUCAGCGGGCUCAGCAACAGCAACAACUACAGCUUCAGCAAGCCCCGCCGCACCGGGUCUCCUGACCUGAUGGUGGACUCGGACGGGCUGACGACGGACGAGGACGAUGAGGACGCCGAGGACUACAUCCACUUCUUCUCGCCGAGCGGGCCGUCGCGCCUCGCUGCCCUGCGCAAUAUUGGCAUCGACGGCCUGAGGCUGCGCUCGCAGAGCCCGCCCGUCUUCUCCUCUCACGGCGGCGCUGGCUUCUCCCCUUCCUCCUCCCCCUCCCCGCCGCGCAGCGGCCUCUUCCGGCCACCGCUCAGCAGCAGCACGCGUCCAGGGCGAGGCCUCCUGUCCCCGGCGUGGUCGUACCCGUCGCCCGCGUUCCCGUCCCCUGGGUCCCUCUCCCUGUCCCCGUCAUCGUCGCCGCCGCCGCUGCGGGGCCGGUCGCACGUAUCGCGGCCGCGGUUCGGGGGCCAGCAGCAGCGCAGCUCGUCUGCCAGGGCGAGGGCCGGGGGACGCCUCUGGAGGGAGCCGAGCCCGGAUGUGUGGUCGAUUGAGGAGGAGACGGAGGAGGAGAUGGCGAGGAGCGAGGGAGGGGGAGGGGGAGUGAUGCUUAACGGGGAGGUAGAGAAGACGGCUGCAAAGCCAAAGAAGAGGGUGCGAUUUGUGCUGCCGGACGCAGAUUAG